AUGGCGGAGGAUGUUAACAUUCAAGGGUCUGCCUAUGACGAGGAUUUGUGCGAAAACCCUUUUUUCAAAUACAUGCAAACUAAGCAAAAACAGCUCUAUGACAAAGCAGCUAGUAAUAGAUGGACGGUAAGUUUGAUGUAACGCUAUGUCUCCGCGUGAAUUUUGGCCCAGGACUGCCAACUUAUUAAAUUUGUAGAUUCCUUACACGUUAUUAGAUCAUUUCCUGUGGCUAAUUUAUGCGCAUGUCUCAGCAUUUCUCCUUAUCUAAAUUUUUAAAUGUAUGUUUUUCUAUUUUUUUUUCCUCUCUGAGCUCCAUUAAUUGAUUAUAACCAGAAUAAUCGCUAUACAGCUUAAGUAACCAACAGCUAACAACAACCUAUUAGUCUGGGCAUUUUCUACAGAUCUACUAGAUCUGCUCAGCGCUCUGGCAAUGCGGGCUGAUUUAGCUAUCACUAAUUAACUAUGAAUUCUAUCUUACACCUGCUCACGGGGGGUUUUGUUUCAUAGAAAGGUGGUGAUGUCUUAAUUCUACCUCAGACAGAGCAAAGAGUGGCAGGGGGAGGGGCUACUCCUAAUUAUAUGGGCCAUCCCCGGUGUAAUAUAAUUUAAUCAUUUUCUUUGUUUAUGGACUAUUGUCAGGGUUAGGUUCAUUGUUAAGGAUGUUUUGUUUUCUUUGUUUUACGUCAGCUGUGAGUAAUAGCUAAGUAUAUCACACUGGAGAUGAUCCUAUUAUAUGGAUUACACUGUCAGGGGUAUAGAAUGGUGAAUUCGAGAAUUUGCAAGACUGCAAGACCCUGUUUUCAAAAUUCAGGUAUCCAAAAAUGCCUGUUCAAAAUGACCGGCAAGACUGGAGUUUGAGACUUGACCGGCCGUUAUUUGCAGCCCUGAGAAUGGUGUUUUUAUCAAUUUUGAGAUUUCAAUAUCUAAGACCUAUGUUCUAUUUUUCUUCUAUUUUUUAGCCGGGGCCACUCUCUUAGUACGAGGUCUUAAUGACAACCAUUCUAUACCCCUUCCGAGAGAUAUAAAUAGAGAGUUUUGAGAGGAUGUGCUGCUCAAGAUAGUACAUGACUUGUAUACCUUUUGCCUCUCCAACUCUGGAACCUCAUAUUCACCAUCACUUUUCUCUUUGUAACAGAACUACCGGUAUUAUUAAUUUUACACUUAAAAGUUAAUUUUCCAUAUUUCUGUACCCCAUGGGGCAGAAAUGCUUGUCGGAAAUUAGAAUUACAGUGUAAACCCUUAAAGAAGACCAAUAUGGGCAUGUCUUAGGCUUCAUUUGAUCCAGGGUUGUGCACUAGCAGUGCCUGGUGACUCCUUUCGACUAACUUUCUGUUUUGCUAUAAAAUAAUAAUAUUGAUCUGUCUCGAGUGUGGUCACACAUAAACAUUUACCUUUGGAACAGCUCCAGAAACUCUGAGACUCAGCCAUAUAAUCCCAUAAUUUAAGGGAGAACCCAGGGUUGUUUCUAAGAUUUCGAGUUGCCGGGUAAAUACAACAAGAGUAGUCAGGGAAUCUUACAGCUAGGGAUUUCUUUUGGUCCUAUUUUUCUUCUAUUUUCCAAUAAAAGUAGCCGGGGACCACACUCAUAGUAGCUGGUGGAAAUCUCCGGCCCUCAGCUUUUAAUGACAGCCCCAAGUACCCACUGGGAUUUUAGCUGAUACAAUAUAGAUAUGUCAAGUUAGGGACAGCUCAUGUCCUAAUGACUUAAGAUAUUAUUUUGUUAUGGCUCAGGAGUACAAUGGAGUCUUGGAGGUGGUUCGAACUGUUGAGUUUGUGGGCAAAAUCCUGUGAUACACACUGUUCAAAUGAAACCUCUUCAGGAAAAUUAGUAUUUCACUGGCAGCUGCUAGCAGUUGUCAUAUCUUUCACUCAACAAUAAUGAAAGAUUCUAGACUGUUGGUUGAAAAAUUAUCGAUCAGGAAGAUCCAGCACUUGAUGUGAUGAAAUGUGCCAAAAUGUGAUAAUCAGUACAUUUCUUGAUGAUCUGGUCAUUAAAAACUCCAGAUUCUGGUGUAGCAUCAAAUAUAUGCUUGUUUAGUCAAAUCUUUGCAUAUUACAGGAAUGGUCUAAAGUGAACAUCUUUUCUGACCUUCUUUCCUCACUUUUUUACCUUGUUUCAGCAUGAUUUGAUUGACUGUUUGCUCCUGUCUUGCUCAACUGUUUAGGUAUGCAUUCCACGGCAAGGUACACAAGCAAGGGGAAGCUUUACUCAGAGUCAUGUAGAGAAUCAUCUGCUGCUACCAGUAGAAUGCAAAUCAUCAGCCUACAAAACUGUAAACAACAAGGUAAGGACAAGGCUGUCAGGGCUGUGCUCUAGCAACGCCCGGUGGCCCCUGGCGCCUAACUUUUGCCCUCGGGCGACUAGAAAAUCUCAGAUUUUUUACACAAAUCAUAUGCUGGGCACCCUAGAUUUUACAGUUUCAGAGCACUGGGCUUCCUUCAAUUUUCCUUAGAGCACAGUCUUGGCAGUACUGCUCAAAAGAAAGUUACCAGUCAUGUCUCAUUUCCAGGCAAUGCAAAUCAUGUCUCAUGCUUUACGAUUCUUGUUGCCAGGCAAGGAUCUUGUAGCUUCAUCGAACCACAAAUUUUUGGCAUAAAUUACAGUUGAUUGAUCUUGUGCAAAUAUAUUCUAUUUCACAUGGUGGUUUUGUCUGUGUAGACGCAGGAUUAAGAGAUGUUUACAGGAAGUCAUUGCUCUUUCAGUUUCAGAACAAAACAGCUUCAUUCGUAAUUUGUUAAGCAUUAUAUAAUUAUUAAGUUGUUCUUUAAUUUAAGUCCAUUUAAUUUGAUGUUGCAAGUUUGACACUGACAAAUUAAACUUUGACUUGAAUAUGCAAAUUCGCUUCAAUUGCAUUUUAUUUUUAUCAUGAAGGUAGUAAUCAUGGCGGUAUUCAUAGGAAUGUCACCUUUAAUUUUGUCAAGCAGACAUGGGAUGCACAUGUAAUUGUUUACCCAUAACAUUUUGAUGCUUGUGCACAACCUUUUCGUUAUUUUAUGAGCUCAUCGGUGACAGGUGUUAUAGGUUACAGCGUCCAUUAAUGACAGCCAGAGUCCUGUUACAUGCCCAUUCACUGUGGUACAAAAUUUCCAUUUUCUAGAACAAGGCACAUUCAUUUGAAGGGAAAAUUUGAAUUUUGAUGUGAGAUUUUCUGUAUGUAUCAAACAAAACAACAUAAUGUACAUUUUGUAAUGUUUUCUAUUACAAACAUCUGUUUGUGAUAUAAUAAUAUGAUAUUAUUUGUAAUUUUUGUGCAAGUACAAAGUGAUGGUAAAAUAGCAUCUAAAAUUGUUCAAACAUUGUAGUUAUUUUAAAACUGACAUGAGAAACAACAAUUCAAGGACUUACACUGUUGAAAGCAAUUUUAUUGAGGUCACUGUAAUCAGAUAAUAAUGACAUGUAUUCCCAGCUUACCAUUCAUCAUUCAAGUAACUUAGUGUGAGUUGUGUUUUGUUUUGUAGGAAGUACAAGUCAGUGGAGACUUCAUUGUGACAACUGAAGGUUUUCAGGAUGUGAAAUCAGUAAGAAGCAUAAUGUAUUACUUUUUUAAGGGCUGUAUAUUUAGGUUGGGUAAAAUUGACCUCAUCUUACAGCUGUACCAAAGAUGCCAAAAAUAUUAUUACUAUUUUUCUUUUUUUAAAGGACAGAUAUAAACAUGUAUGUCUGACAUACAUAUGUCUAGCAAAGUCACUAUUUUAUUUUGCAGCUCUUAUUUUUGCAUCAUUUUUGUAUUGUUUUUUAAGGUUUUUAAACAUAGUUUUAAAUGAAUUUAUUGUAUUUUAGGCUUUUAAAAUGACUGUAAUUUCGUAUUUUAGUGCACUGCAGACGACGAUCGAAUAGUAUCCCAUGAUGCACCUCGAUUCAUGUUAUAUUAUCACUGCGUACGUGACACAUUAUGAUCAGUAACCUUCAGCACGUGUGAAGUGAACAUCGAUCGCAAUGCUCGAUGUGGAUGGUUUCCAAAUAUGUUUCGGUUCAGUAGCUUCUGCUUUUGAGAUUAUCGAGUUGGCUAAUAUUCACUGUGCUUUAAAGGAGAAUUUCAGCGUUGCUUUGACUGAGAAGGGUUUUACAUGUAUUUCACUGAUCUGUUGAGAACUACUUGUGCCGCGCUCGGUCGCACUGUAAACACAAAUUAUAAGACUCGCAAUUGAUAAGCUUCGCUAGGUUCACUAGGAGAACCCAGGCCAGAGGAGAACCAAAACUAUGACUAAUCUAUAAAGUGGUUCCAACAAAACAUCCGCUACGCUGUGAAGCUAAUUACCAAAGGAUAAUUUAUUACAGCAUCGCGCUCAAAGGAGCUGAAGUUUACAAUGGCAGUUACAAAUAAAAUUUAACCUAUCGAUGCGACAAACAAUUCUCUGAAGCACAGUCUACCCGGUACUGACUCAAGCAAUCUUCAAGGAAAUUUCCUGGCCAGAAUACUGAUCUGUUCUUUUGAAUAAAUAAAGUUUCUACAUGAUGUUUCUUUUUCAAAUUCUGAGCAGGCUUCAGUUUAGGUUGUGCCGGCUUGCAUGCUGCGUGGUUCCUUUCUUUGGGUUCUUUUCACACUGAAACACACCGUUAUACACCGCUCCUUCUUCGAAUUAAAAUAAUUAUAGUCAAAUUCCUUUUAAAAAUAACCUCUUUGAAAAUACAAAGUGAUUGCUUCGGCAUAAAGCGCUCUCAAAAGCGCCCAACAGAUUGUAGCCUUCAUCAGGCUUUACACAUAUAUUAUGACACAUGGCGUUGAAAUGUGAUAAAAGAUUCGAAAUUUCAGCCAUCUUUGGUCGACAAAAAAGUCUUCAAAAUGUGGGUACUUCUGGGUACUUCUUGGCCUGUACAAUAUUCAGGACUUCAUUUUGCUGGCGUGAGGUCCACAUUUGUAAGAUUUCAACAUAUAUCCCAAAAAACCUUGAAUAUUCAUGACCUGGUUGUGGGUCACUGAACACUUUGUGAUGAGAAGACUAAUUGAAACCGUGAAAAUAAAUGUUUCUAAGUGCAAACUUCGCUCUUAAGCCAUUGCAAAUCGGAGAAAUCAUGUCAAAUAACGAAAUAAUGUAAUUUUUUUACUUUUACUGGAAAUCGAGUGAGAAAAAAGCCGACGAGAAAACGACCUUAUUUUAUGAUGGAAUCUGCUAUGACUGCGAUAUUGCGUGAUGCUUCUGGAAAAAUGCAUCAUGGGAUACUAUUCGAUCCUCCUCUGAGUGCACUGUAGCUUUUAAGAUGCAGGACCCCUGUGUAGACCAGCCUUCAAGCUCAAUAGGCCCCCUUACCUGUUAAAAUAAAGUUUGACUUUACAUGACUUUAUUACAAUUUUAGUAAAUAUACACCACCAAGUCUGCAUGAAAGUUCAGACACAAAUUUUCAAUAGCCACUAUCAUAAUAUAUUUAUUUAUUAUUCAACAUAUAUAGGUACGAAUUCUAUUUGAAGAGACAUUUUUUAACAGCAACAAUCAAAGCUUUUCUGUCCUGUGUAUUGAGCAGCCACUAGAGGGAGGAAUAGGUAAGAGUGACUUUAGUGCUGUUAAUUUGCAUUCUAUAUUGUCAUGCUAGUGAAUUAAGUACAGGUAUUUAACAAUUAUUCCUCAGGCCCGAAUGGGCUAUUGACUCAGAGGCCAUGAGGGCGAGAGGAAUAAUUAAUUGUUUUACUAAAAUCCAACUAGUUGGUCAAAAAUAUCGAGAAUAAAAAAACUUUAAAAAAAGACUUUAAUCAUUUUUUGCUGCCAAAAAGCCUGCGCUUUUCGCUACUAGUGGGCUAUAACAUAUAGCCUAGUAGUAGCUCAACCAAUCCGAAUGCAGCAUUGAUGAGAGACCACUGGUUGGAUUUUACUUAAGUGGAAUAUUAAUGAUUGUUUGGACAAGACAGUGUGGUACUGAAUAUGACAGUUGUUUACGAUGGCUAACAUUUAUCAGACAGUUAUGGUCAACAACAGUCCUAUUCAGGACUACUGUACUUACACUCACCCAGACUUGUAAUCAUUAGUGAUAAUAAUAAUUCCACCAAAGAUUUAUGACAGAUCUUCUGGGUUCAAGCCAUCUGAUUUGCGACAGGUAUGUACUAAUGUAAUCCUGAACUGCUUUUUGUUGCAGAAAUAAAAAGCAGGAAUAAUCAUAUGGCAGCCAUCCAUUCUCUUGUGAUGCUUUCUCUUAGUGUGUAAAGCAAGAGCUCUCCUCAAAGAUGGUCUAUAUUAUUGAUAAUGAUAUAAUGUCCCUUCAGUCAUUGGAGUUUUGCAAAAUGCAAAUCUCACAUAAUGUGACCCAUGUUAAAAUUUGAAAUCCUUUUUUUUUCUCCAAAAAUUUUAUCACCAAAACUUUGAUGUUAAAAAGUUCACUCAAGUGCAACCUGGGCCAUAUUGUCAAUAUUAUUAUUUACAGCCUUGCUGAGUGUACGGUGCACAGUUGUCAUGUACAUGUAAUAUUUUAUUCUCUUUCAGGUGGUAGUUUAGAGCCAGCUGUGACAUCUCUGGAGACUUUACAAGCAUGUUGUAAUUUCUUAUGGAAUAAUUCUGGUAUGUCUAUAAUCAGUUAUUUUUUCUUUGCAGUCAAGCUAGCUCUUGUAAUUUUGUUAUUGCCUGAAUGGGCUGAAUGACCCAGAGGCCAUGAGGGCAAGAGGAAUAAUAUUGUUUUAGUAAAAUCCAACUAGUUGGUCAAAAAUAUCGAGAAUAAAAAAAACUUUUAGCUAGUUAAAGCUAGACUUAAAUCCUUUUUUGCCACCAAAAAGCCCGCGCUUUUCGCUACUAGUGGGCUAUAACAUAAGCCUAGUAGUAGCUCAACCAAUCAGAACGCAGCAUUGAUAAUAGACCACUAGUUCGAUUUUACUAAAAUAAGUUAUCUGUAAUGAGACCAAAGACCAUUUCUCAUGGGAGCCCAAGAAAAUAAAUGUCAAAUUUCACAAAAGUUGUGAAAACACAGGUUAAAAUUCUGAACGUUUUAUGUGUAAGAUGUCGUUUUGUGAAAUUUGACAUUUCUUUUCUUGGGCUCUUGUAAGAAAUAUUCUUUGGUGUUAUUACAGAUAGCUGAUUACAUCUAUAGCCCUUGAAAAAUGUAAAAAAGAAUGCGAUAUUGUUUAAAUUAUUCUGGUACAAGGUCUUUUUCCACUGAAUAUUAAAAUUACUCAAUUUCAUGAUGGAUUCCGUCUUAACGUUAUUUCUUACAACAUGAGUUUCCAAAAUAAUUCAGGAAGAUUGAUGAAAUACAUAUUGGUUUCAUCUUGAUUAAUAGAUGGGAUAAAGGAUCUAAUAUUAUAAGUAUUAUACAAAAACAGAAAAGAGUGAGAGCAGUUACUAGUUUUCAUUUUUCUAAGGGCUGGUUUUGUUGUGAAAAUAAGAAGCAGAAGGCGAGCAAAGAGUGUAACCAUGACAGGCCUGUGUGUGGCAACCACCUGACAUCAUCUUAGUAAACAUCAAUGGAAGGAACAAACUUGCCUUGAUGUAUGUGGCUUCCACAUACAAAAGCAAUGAUCUCUUAAAUUGACAGUUUGAAAGGGAAGAGGACAAAUUAAUUAAUUUUAAUUUCAAUGAACUUCAUUGUCCAGUCUUUAUAAUUUGUCUCUUAUGCUGAAGGUUUUUGUUUGUGUUUGUUGUUAGGAAGCAAAAAUACCCAGAAACAACAUAUCGAUGAUAUUUUGCUGUUAUUCAAUUCAAGUUAUGAACAACUUGAAGGAGAAUCCUUGCGGCAUUUAAUGGUAAGCUUUUUUCCCUGAAUGUGGAUUUAAAGUGCAGUGUAGGUUUAUAUGUGGUGUAUUUCUCCUUCACUAGCUGUUAAAUAUUACAUGUUGUGAUCUUGACUUUAAUUUGUAACCCUCUCUCUUGAAAAUUCAAAAGUCAAGUACCAGUAAAAGGGCAGUACAGUGUAACAUCUUGAUAGAACAGGGGGACCAAAUUUCUUUCUUAUUUCAAGUGAUUAAACAUCCUUAGUUAGAAUCAAAAUGCAUGAAUCACCUCACACACUCAGCCAGAUGGCCUUAUCCUGCUGUUAUAUGACUGUAUUUAGAACUUGAUCUGUAGCAAGCAAUGCAACCUUACCUACAGUUAGGCCCCACAUUCAGUAAACAAGACUGCUCAUGCAAAUUUAACUGGGUCACUGAGUGAAGGUCCCAGGCAUUUAUAUGUCAUGCAGGUGUACACGAUAAUUUAUGUGAACUUAUAAUGAUGGCUGCUUUAUAAGGUUGCUGGACUUGCAAUAAGUAAGCCCUCUCACUACAUUAUGUACUGUACUAUGUGUAAUUACAUAAAAGGUGUUACUUCUUGGUACACUUUUUACUGGUUAAAUUUAAUAUCCAAUUAGUCUGAUUGCUUCUGGGUCUGUUUAAUAUUGAAUGUGCAACAAAAAACAUCAAGUCAAACCUCUCCCUUUAAACACUCGUAUAAUAAGGGCACAUCUAUUUUACAGACAGUUCUGUCAGUCCUGAAGACGUACCAAACUUUACUGUACUAUAUUCUACAAAUUUACACCUUUGUUUUGCAGACACUUUGCUCUGUUCCUUUGGUGUCUGUAUUUUGGAGGUUUCACUGUAGUUAUUCUGUUUCUGUAUUAAUUUUGAGGUCUAUCCUGUCUAGCUACAGUGCUUGUCCAAUUUACACAAUGUAGCCAUGGACUCACAUAUAUAUUUCACUUCAUCUCCUUUUGUUUUCUACAGGAUGCUGCUCAUGCUAUUUACACAAGAGCCAUGCAGGCAGCUCUGAAAAAUUCACAACUUGUAAGUAAGCACAUGUAAAUAAUUGUAUACAGAAAACAAAAUUUUAUCAUUUCAGACAGCUUGAUGGCACGUACACAGCGUGCAAAGAAAGUAGUGUCCGAUAGCCCGGGGCUAGUGGAUUUUGUUAUCGGGCUAGUGAAUUCUGUUUUUAAUUUGCCCGAUGGGCAAGUGAUGUUUUUGAGCAAUUCAAAUAAAGGAAAAACUGUGAAAUCAAUUCUGCUCGUCAAAAAGCUUUUGGGGCUAGUUCAAAUGAUGUCUGGGCUAGUAAAUGCUAGCUUCAGCUUGCCCACAGGGCAAGCUACAAAAAUGAUUUUCUUUGCACCCUGUAUACAGCAGCUAAACCUACAACAAAAGUUACAAAUGUUUGACUAAAAUCCUCAUUGUCAUGGAUGAUAUUGGCCUUGUCAAUCAGAAAUUGACCCAGAAAUAAACUACAUCUUGUGUAAAACAAAGCCAUGUAUUCUGGUUUAAUCAGCUGCACACCAGACUUGCAUGAAUAGAAGACUCCAUAAACAUCUUCAUAUUACGGACAAUAAACUGUCCCUUUUAUGGUCAACACAGGCAUCUUGACAUCCCAACAGUGGACACUAAGGGGGCUUUCCAAAAGUCAGAACUGGCAGGCCAGACCAUGGCCAGAUUGGUCAUUUUGAAAAUGAAAUAGGCUUUUUCCAAGAGUUUUUGAUAAAAAAACGAUUUCCUUCGUGCUUGCUAUUUAGGAAUUGACUGAUCUGGCUGGAUAGCUUUGAUUAAAAGCGAAACUCUCAUUACAAAGAGAAUGGCCUGGCCGGUCAGUUCUGAUGAAUGGAAAGCGCCCUAAGUCAGUGACAGCUGCCUGUGUCACUGACUGACUGUCUGCGUCAUUUCACACCCUGAAAUGUUUAUCUUUCUUAGAGAAAACUAGCCCAAAAUAACAGCAGUUAUAUGGACAACGUUAAGCUUGCCAUUGAGGUACGUCACUUAGUAUUACAUAACAUGUCUCUUGGUCCAGGUUAAAAUGGUUUCAAUCUUGUACAAUUGUCCUUAGGCCUCAUUUUGCAAUGGGGCCUAUGCAUUUCAGGUCACAUGGUCCUGUUCGUCUUGGUACAUGUACGUUGCCAAAAUGCAUGCACAAGGACUAGGCAACUUUCAACCUAGUUUAGACAUGAUCAAGAAUAAUUAACAGUAAGAGACAAGGGAAAUCAAAUUUCAUUUUGACCAAACAGAUAUCAAUGAGUUACUGUGCUUUUCAUAAACAUGCGAAUUCUGAAGUUCAAAAGCCAACUGAUGUGUGCGUUUUUCACUGUCGUCAAUCAUCUUAGCAGAUCUCUUAGGAAACAGAACUUUAGUCAACGGGUUCAAAGGACAAUGAUUUGUGAUUUGUGAUGGGUGGAUUUUGAUCCGUUUUGUGUGUAUCUGUGUUUCAAGGUUCAUUGCUUGUCAUCGUAAUUAUGAUUGAUGGCAGCAAAAAGCGUAAUUGUGAAGGUAGCGUUUGAACUUCAGAGUUUGUGUGUUUUUGAAAAGCGCAGUAAAGUUCAUGGCAAUAAUCAUCUCUCCUGAGAUUAUUAGCUUGCAGUUGAAGCUCUACAUCUCAUCGCACCCACCACUGCUAAGGACAUGUUGCAAAUUUCCCAGUAGCAGGGGGUUUUAAGAGGUGGCAGUAGGGCUAUGACUAUGUUUGUUUACUUAUUCUUAGAAAAAAAUUCUCUCUAGACAUAUGUGAUGAAUGAACUACAUAGCCAGCUGUUUAGAGGAAUCAGUUCUAUUUUUGGAAAAGAAGUAAGUGGCCAGCAUGUGACUUACAGCUGUAGAAGUUAUUUACUUUGUAAUUGCAUGUGCAUUGUUGACCAAGCUUGUUUUGUCAAGAUAGCUGAAUAUUGGCCAACUUCCUUUUGUUCAUUUUUAUGGACUGAGAGAAAGUCAAGGAAAAAAAACACACAAAGAAGAAUGACAGCAAUAUCCAGCCAUCUUGACUGAACAAGCUGCUAGGUCAUAAAUUAACAAUUAAUUAAUUUCAUGGUGAUAAAAAUAAUUUUUCUUGCUGGAUUAAAUGGAAAAUCCAGAGCUGGGGAGAUUAUAUAUACCGGUAUUUAUUUUUUGUUGAUUCUUUAAAUUGAUUUUGAAAACAAAAACAUAUUUUAAAAUGCACUGACAGUUGGUGCAUUUUAAUCAAGGGACUAGGGACUGGUCAUAACAUCAUUCAUGCCUUCAGUGUUACUGGGUCAUUCAUUUUGCAAAAGUUUGAGAGAAUUGCUUUAACUGGAGAAGCAUUAAUUGAAAUAAUUAUGACAAAGAGUGAUGUGGAAUUUCCCUAAUCUUGCCAGAAGACAACCUGGAAUGAUAAUAAAAAUAUGAAAAUAAAGAGGAGGACCUGAAACCCAUGAGUGAGGUGAUUGCCUUUUCGCUGCGUGCACAAUAACGAUAUUUUUUUAAGUGUUAUUUUUGGUUGGGAUUAUCAAAGAAAUUGUGGGGUCUUGUGAGCUCAAAUUAAAACUAUAUUUUAAACCUAAUUUAUUUCUGGUGGUCAUUUCUUUAUGUAACUCAUUAACUUUUUCUAGAUUUUUGUCAUGAUCGUUUGAUUUCAUAAUCAUACAGGAUGCUCUUUUGAACAAGAUGACACGAAACUUGGCUGAUAUUCAAGUUAAAGAUUUAGGAGUGAAGGAACAGUUACGGUAAGUAUACCAGUAUGCUGGAUUUUAAAAAAGAAUCUACUUUUAUUUUCAGUGUCUCUUACUAUUCAUUCAGAAUAAUUCUUCAUUUCUGAUUGGCUGAAAUCCCACGUAUAAUUCAUCAUAACUAGCUAUAUGUGAUAUGUGAAAAAUGACAUCAACUGGAUCAGAAUUGCACAAUAUGAUUAACUGCACUGCAAAAUGCUGGCUACAGGGUGACUGCAUGAUCUUUGUGAGUACAUGUAUGAACAGAGAAUAUCUCGCUAUUGAGCAUAACUGCUCUUUGCUGUCAACUUUAUAGGUAAAUUGUAUCUAACUACAUCAAAUUGCUAAAAGUUCUUAGGUCUCACAUACAUUUUUUUUAAACAAAUCAUAAAUUAUGAUAAGAAUCCUUAUGGGAGUACCCCUUUAACCCUUUAAGUCUCAAGAGUGACCAACAUCUAUUUUCUCCUCACAACAUCAAUACAUAAUCAAGAGAGAAGGUUAGGAGAAUUGAUAAAAUCAUCACCAAAGGGAAAAUGCUUUGAUCUUUGAACAAAUGCUCUCAACUAAUUCUGUAAAGAAAGGUAUGGAGAUCAGUUUGGAGAAUUUGUAUAUGGAUAUUGGGGCUUAAAGGGUUAAGUAAAAUAAAAGUUAUGUGCCACUUUUCUUUUCAGGCCUUAUAGUUAGUAGGUUUAUCAGUUUCUUAUCUUACUUGUUAUUACUUUUAAACAGCACAAACCUACCAAGAGGAAGGAGAGCUCUUUCUUUUUUAAAUCGGGGAGAUUCUGAAGCUCUUUCGUUUUUUUAAACCGGCCGUUAAUGCCGUCCAGUGACGUCACUCACUACCCGAAAACCGGGUAGUGACUUUGAUUGGUUGAUUGUCUAAACAUUCGCAUAAGUUACUGAGGGAGUAAUAACGACUCGAAAUAAUCGGAUGAAAUUCAGGCUACAAAGAUUGGCCAUUGAUCCUUAAUUUCGUUUGAAAAUACUACAAAGUUAAUUGCAGGUAUAGUGUGAAGGUACUGCUGAAAAGGUGUCAUUAUUUUCAAUGGACACACUGUAGGAUUUCGUCCACAGGCUAAAAGUUAUAUUUUAAAAAAAAUGUAUUCAGCAUUAUAAAUACACUUAGAACCAUGUGAAAGUAGUGUUAAAGAGGUUUCACUCGACUGAUCACACUAUAGGAUUCCGUUUACAAUCUAAAUGAUGUGCAUGUGAGAGCAAGGCAUCUGUAUUCACAAGGAAGAAGCUUCACAAGCAAGAAGCAAGGACAUUAGGUUCAGAUUUUUUCGUUUGAGUCAUAGCAGUUUUGUAGCAUUAUCACGUUCAGGGAUCACUAUUGUUUUGUCACACAUUUUUGUUCUUUUUUGUUCCAGUACAAUACUCCUUUGGAAAAAUUCCACUGCCUGAAAAAAGCUGUCACAAUAGUGACAGACAGGAAGAUGAAAACUCCAGAAGGUCAGUUUACAUACCUUUAUCUUCUGAACUGUUUUUAACACUUCUAACUCUAAGUCAGCUCUUGAAUGGACCACCUGUCAAGGUUGAUACCUUUCUAAAAUGGAUGCGACCCAAAAUCCUACACCUAAAGGUUGUCCCUGUCAUUCAACCAGUUUCCUUUAGGCUCAAUAGAGCGUUUUCACUCACGUGGUCAGCAUCUAUGCAAAUCUAUUGGAAAAAAGAAAGUUUUUAAAUAAGAAAAGAGUUUAACUCCCACAGGAUUGGUUUGGGACCCCAACAUGGCCGCCGAUUCAUUGUUUUGGAACACCAAUAUGGCCGCCGUGACGUCAUGUGAAAACUCUCUGUAGGGAUCCGGAGCUUAUGCAACGACGACGGCGACGUCAACGAGAACGGCAAAAAAGCAAUAGGUUUAGAUUAGCAAAACAACAACUUUGCACGUGUAUCACGCUUUUUUGUACAUUUCUUUGCCGUCACUGCACGACUACGAUGUGAAACGUCCUAAUUCCACCUUUUUUGGAGAACAUGAAUACAAGACCACGACUUUCCUUUUCUUUUCCUGAACUUCGAUACAGUCUUUUAGAAUUCAACUCCAGAAAAUAUUGCCAACAUUUGACGGAUUGAACGAGACGGAAUAAGCGUUAUUUAGUUUGAAGCAGCCUGAAUUCACCUUUCAAGUGACGUUUUCAUAGCCGUCGCCGUCGUUGUUUCUUAAGCUCCCUAUUAAUAAGCUGGACACCCCCUCUAAAAAACAAGCACUUGGCUGCUCCCAAUGCAAGGAUAUUUUAAUUAUUUGUCUUAGGAUGCUUACCAUUUGUUAAAACUGAUCGGUCAGAUAGGUUCAAUCGUAAAGGGAAUUCCACUAUCAAUCAGGGCUGUCAAGCCAGUCAAUUUCUAAAUAUUUUACGUGACAGGAAUGGUUUUUAGCGAAAAGUUCGAGCAAAUACAAAUAUUUCAUUUUCAGAAUGGACAGCUAAUUAUGACCCUUGGUAAACGCUUACAGAGAGAGAGUUGACUCACUGUACUGGAAAUUGCAGCGUUAUAUUUUGAUUUAUUUUGACACAAAAGAAGUCGCAAAACUAGAGAAAGUUCAAGAAUCUCGACUUUUGCACAGUUUGGUUUUAUCGUUGUCACCCAUAAGAAUCAGUUCAACAAAUACAUAUGCAAAAUAUUUGGUUUGUUCAUGAAAAUACAAAAAAUAUCAAUGAUAACACGCAAUAAACUGAAUCAAUUGAUUGCACUUGUGUGGUACACAUGAACCUCUUAACAAAGUUACCGGUUAAUAGAGGUGAAAACAAUAAAAAAUGCUUUAACUCAAGUUUACCUUGGUAAGAGUGACCGCGGUUGCUUAAUAGAGAUCAUCUUUACAGUUAUUAACGAACAGAAGCGAUAUUUGGGACUGACAAUAACGGUGUAGUAGAGGUUAACCUAUUAAUACAGACUCACUAUGUUCACUUUUACUGCUGUUUCUUCAAUUAAUUGUGCAUAAUUAUUGGUACAUAACAGAUGCAGCUGAAGCGAUAACUGUGGAUGACCUACUUCCAGCCUUAAUCUUCUUAAUAAUCAAGUCAGACAUUCCCAACUGGUAAGUGUUAGCUUGGUCCAGGUGUUCCCAAAUUACAACAUGGCUUACGUCAGGUUUUUUUUUGGAAAAUAGUUAUUACUAAAAAGGAAAAGUACCUUUAAAAAGUAGUGCUGAAGAAAUUUCACACCUUAGAUUUCGUCUACAGUUUUUAUACCCAUUUUCAUGGAAAAAAAUUAUCAGAGUUAAGAUUUCUGUUGUCGGCCGUUGUUACAUUUCAUUUUUUCUCCUCUUUUCAGGCUUGCCAACAUCACCUAUCUGCAUAACUUUCAUUUUUCCAAGCGCGGACACAAUGAAUUCCAGUAAGUGACGAGGCUCAAUCCUACAAAGACGAUUGUCCAAAUACCUUUCUUAACUCAAGUUCGAUGAUUUUGCAGUCAGCUGUUUUUUUUUGUGUCCUCUCGCAAUGGCGAGGGGCGUUGCGUGACAACACAAAGAAUGGCUGUGUAGGAAGGAGAUAAGGGACUGCUGAGUCUGAGGACGGGCGGUACCCCUCACCAGAGGGUGGGUCGAUAAAGAAUAGAAGCAGUUGUUUCCACAUUGUGUCCACCCCUCCUCCCCCCCUCGCCAUAUAAGCGCACAGAACAAUGAAACAGCUGUCAGUGGUGUACAAACAAAUCUUGUAGGGAUUGUACUCUCCUCAUAUAUAAACUUUCAUGUGAGUGAAAACGAUCACGUGAUUGGAAACGAUCUGGUAGCCAUUCUGAGGUUUCCUGGAAGACUGGAUUAGUGUUUUUAUCGAAUUGGAUCAUGGAACUUGUUUUGGGAAGGAGUUUAGACCCACUCUACUGCACAGCUUUGUAAUAGGCGAUAUAAUAAGCACCAGCGUCUCAAACAACUCCAUAGUGAAUUGAUCCGUCACAAUACCAACCAUUUCACUCUCAAGAAAAGUCCUAAAUGGCCAAUCGGUAUUAGGUGAAGUGAUCAUUCUCUUCUUUCACUUUGGCGUCGUUGAAAAGUCUUAAAUUGAAAGGCAACUGUACCAGUCAUUCUAUAAUCUGAGUUUACCAAAUGGAAAACCAUGGAAAACCAUAUAUCAGUAGUUCUUAUGGUUUUACUUGCUUUUUGUUUAAGAGCAAACGGCGAACUUGCUGUUACUGUUUCUUCCCUCGCAGGUUCUUUUUGUCUUCAAUAGAAGCAGCCGUUGAACACAUCAGAGGAGGAUAUGUUAAUGACGUUCUUAAGGGACUUUCGCCUGCUAAGGUUUGUAUUGUGUUUGUCUGAAAAAUCAGAUCUUUAUACUUUUCUGGGAAUCUGCUUAUCUACCCCUCCCCUAAGCCAAUAUUUUGCCCUAAGUGAGAAGUAAAUGUUGGCGUAGGGGAAGGGUAGGUGAGCAGUUUCCCAGAAAUGUAUAAUGAUCCUAAAAAUCAUCCGAAACAGAGUGGCAAAUAAAAAGAAUAGGUAGAAGAAAAAUCCAAAAAGGUGGGAGAAAUAUGUUACGAAAAAAUGCGCAUCUCCUCAUCCUCGACUUUAUCUGCCUCCUCCUCCCCACUGGGUCUCUAUUAAAGGAUGCUAUAAAAACUUCCGAACUGGAAACUAACAAGAUAUCAUCACCUUGUUCUUUUUGUUGGGUGAUCAAGAACUUCCUGGCAUAACUCGAAUGAUUACUGAACAUCAUUCCGCGUUUCAAACGAUUCAAAGUGGACAGACUGCAAAUUAUAGGAGUUGCUAAAAAGGUAUCUACGCGUCGUAACUGUUCAUCAGUAGAAUGCCUAAAAUGUGUGCAAUUCCACAAGUGGUUUCGGCUGUUCGUUUAGUUUUGGGCGCUUACUGAGGUUCCGUCUUGAUUAGUGUCUUAAAACCAGGGGAAAAUAAUUGAAAGUCGGUUUUCAUUUGCGACGCAAGCGUAGGAGUCUUCUUCGUGUCAAAUGAAAGUGAAUGCCGAUAGAGUGGAAGCAGCAGAACACGAAUGUAAGGAAAGGAAAAUUUUGAAUGAAACGUUAUAAUCAGAUGUCUGUACGCUGUAAAAUAACCUGGGAAUACAACCGUCCCUAGCGUCGACAAGCCGGAGAAGAGAGGGCUGUUUUCGAAGGCUAACUGUAAAACGCUUUAGACUUGCUUUGACGUCUGUUCUUUUUGUUGUUUGUUGUUAUUGACCAGCUCUUCAAACCGAUUUGAGACGAUUUCUACAACUGAUCGUUCUGGAGUUUUUGUUGGUCUUUCAACUAAAAAUAGCUGUCCAUCACCAGAUACCCAACACAACAAUGUUUGAAGAAAAUAGAUUUACUAACGUGAUAUUCGUGUGAUACAUUUUUAGAUGUUGCCUUCCUCUUGGCUUGUUAUGGAGACGGAUGGACCAAGGUCAACUGCACUAGAAAAGCUUUUUGAGGUAAUUCUCUUCGAAGGCACUUUGUAGCAAACGAAACCUCUCAUUCCAUCUAAGGGGUUAGAAAAAUAUAGCAAGACGGAAAAGAGUCUUGCGCCAGGUUUGGUCCCGGGUUUGGUCUAUAAUUCCAUUUCUCUCCUCAUUCAAAGCCGUAAUAUAGUUGCUUCUUUCCCUGUUUUUCUCUUAGACCUUAUGGAAAUGGACUACGCCAUGGUAUCAACCACGGAUCAUUUCACUUAGUUUGUUACUUUUAACUAAGUAAAGUGUGCACCCACUAAUACGAACCUAGUUGACUAGAAACUUAAGAUCAGUUCAAUCAAGUUUAUCCAGAAACCUACUUUAUUAUAUUAUAAAGUCUAGCUCCGGUGGAAAUCCGGCCUAUCCCGGGACAUUGUUUCCUUCCCAGAUCUCUUAUUAUUCUACCAGACUUCCAUCGCCUGCCAGAGUAACGUUAAUUCCAGAUUCACCUAUGCAUUUACAGUUUUUUUUUUCGCUUUUCAGUUUGCAUCCAACGGCAACGAAGAAGAAGUGGAGAAAUUACUGUCUUCUGGAGGCGAUCAUGGCUCUCCUGGUGAAAAGUUUUGCCAUCCUCUGUGUUCAUGCGCCAAGUGUGAAAAGUUGCACACCAGGUACACACGGUGGCUCCAAUUGGGCGUUUUCACUCAAGUGGCCAGCAUCCAUACAAAUUUAUUGGAACAAAUGAAAGGGUUUACAUAAGAAAAAAAACCCAUUAGGACUGGUUUGGAACACCAACAUGCGGGCCACCGUUUCAUUGUUUUGGAACACCAAUAUGGCCGCCGUGAAGUCACGUAAAAACGCUCUUAAGGCCAUUUCCGAGUUACCCUAAGCCUCUGUUUCAAAACGAGGCUAAGUGCGAAGCCAUUGAUAUGAAAAUGUUUUUUUAUUAUUCAUUUUCACAAGAAAGGUUUUGCACUUCGACUCGUUUCGAAAGUGAGAAUUAUUGGAACUCAGAAAUGAACAGUUUUUAAUUCUAAAUAGUUUUUGUGUCGGUGAUGUUCCGGAACAUUUGAGUGCGGCACUUUGAUUGUCCAUUUUGUUUUUCUGGCAGGAAGCGCCAUGACCCGUCCGCUGUUACAGUGUUCUCUAGAGACGACUUGGGAAGAACUGUACUUCACGUUGCGUCUGAAUAUGGUACGUGAAUGUAUUAACGGAGUUUACACCUUUGGAAAUCACCUUAUCACCUUCAUACUAAGAGAAUUGUGUCGGUUUAGUUAAAGAUCAUGGAUAACGUUGGCGUUCGGUCACUGAUGUCCUUACUACAUUUUCAUUUCUGUUACCUUUAGGGAGAUUACGCAACCACGACGACGACGAUGGCGGCAUCGAGAUCUUAAAAAAAAUCGAAAGGUUUAGUGAGAAAAACGACAACUCUGCACGUGCGUCACACUUUCCUAAUUCCACGUUUUUUGUCGGACAAAAACACAAGACGAUGAUUUUCUCUUUCUUUUUAAACUUGGAUAUGGUCCUAGAAAAUUCAAUUCCAGAAAAAUUUGCUUACCUUUGACAAGUUAAUCGAAAUGUAAUAUUCGCCAUGAGGUUUGGGAAACAGCGCGAACUCACUUUGUCAGCAAAAGUUUUCGCUGCUGUCGCCGGCGUGGUUGCGUAAUUUUCGUCAUAACUGAAAAGUCACCUGGCAAAAUGAAAUAUUGAUUGUUUUACGCUUUGUUUCUUUCUAAUUAACAGGCCAUUCAAAUUUGAUCUAUAAGCUGAUCAAGAAAGGUGCAGUGGUAAAUGCUAUGGAUUACCACGGUACAACAGCUUUGCAUCUGGCUUGUCAAAGAGGACAUGGCAGUGCUGCGGUGAGUUCACAUCCAUCAUCCCUUUGGCUUUGAACAGCUUUGACCAAAGUUUUAACAGUGGAAACCCCGCCAUUCGAUCCUUCCGUUAUCGGCCAGAGACUGGUAGGCUGUUCCAGGCUCCGAGAUAGUCGGGUCUGCUGAAUUGAGAAAGCGCAAACGCGAAAAGCGUGUUCCCCACUAUCUCACAGCCUGGAACAGGCUACCAGACUGGGUAAGUGUUGUGUGGAAUUGCACCAUGGGAAUGUGCAGUCUCGUAAUAGCUAAUGAAAGAAGCGUUAGCGACCCUAGAACAGCCUCACUGUGCAAUUCGACGUAACACCGACCCUGUCUUUUGCUUUUAAACGAAAGUACAACAAGUAUAGGAACAGUUAUGAGUCCGUAAUAACAAGAGUCCCUUUAUAUCAAUCAAACGUCUGUUAUUUUAAUAGCUGUUGUCCGUAUAUUUCAUGGUGUUAACACUGUGUGAGUUUACUGCAUCUCGUGUAAGGUCUAUUCAUGCAGUCCAUCGAGGCAUAUUGAUACAGACAACUUUUACGAGCAAAUGUAGUCGAGUUGCUAACCAUAAAUUCACUGAGUUUGUUGUUUCUUUGCAUUUUAGUUGGUGUUAAUGCAUUACAAAGCUGAUGUAAAUGCUCCUGAUAAUGACGGUAAUACGCCCUUGCACUUGUGCACCGCCAAUGGGCACGAAAAGGUAAAGAAUCAUAUUGGGUUAUCUUAACGUCUAUCGAUAGUUUGUAGCUACAGUGUAAUGUAAUAAUAUAGAUAUCCAUACGACUUUAUCCUGUUGUAUCACCAGUACAUGCGAUUAUCAGAAUUUACGAACAGUCGAACCCCUGUCUCUUGCUUUCUUUGUAACCUUUUUUACUCCCAAAAGUGGCCAGUUAAGACCCUGCAAAGUUUCCGAAAACUAAAGAGUACCAUGUGAAAGAACUGCCAGAGACGUUCUAUUUGAAUGUUAACAAAUUUCGUCUUUAGACUCAAAAGUUAGAACCGUUUUACAAGACUUGUCAUUGUUUGUUGCAGUGCACAAAGGCGCUGGUAUUUUUGGACACGCAAGUGAAAGUACUGAAGGUGAACGCUGCAAAUGAGCAUGGAGACACUCCACUUCACCUUGCUUCUCGCUGGGGGUAUGGUAAGUUGUACUCUGAAGCCAGCUGUUACAGAGGUCACGUGUUGAGGUAUCCGGAUGAUGAUGUUGUAUCCAAGACGAUAACAAAGUUCAGUUUCACUCUUGAUUUUCAUACUAUACUUACAACCAGUCCUCACGUGGAAAAUGGCCAACGACAAACGCCGAGCGACGUCAAAUGCGGGAGAAAAAAGAGGUCACGUGGUCGUCUCUGCCUUUUGCUGUUUGCCCUCUUUGUUUAUUCGAUUUGUGUCAGGCAAUUAGCCUUUUAGUCGAUUUGUCGACAGAAGGUCGCGGACAGAAAAUCAGCAGUCAGCUAGAUGGCAAGUCGAUAAAACUAUUAGCCAAACGGUCAGUAAUUUGGCUAAACAAUUGGCAGGCAGCCAGACAGUCGAUCGAUCAGUCAACUAACCAGCUUGUCAGACAUCCAGUCUGUGACUCUGGAAGUUGAUAUGUCAGUCGGCCAGACACUAAUCAUCGCUUUCUUUAUUUCUUUCUUGUUGUUUUAAGCUGAGAUUGUCCGCCUUUUACUGGAGAAAGGCGCGUCUUUGGAAGCUCGAAACAAGGACAAGGCCACCCCACUGGACAGCUCUCAUAACAAACAGGUAUUUGAGUGCAUGUCAAGGUUCCACUCAGUCCAUAGGCUGUCUUUCAACAUCCUAUCUACGUUCAGAUUUAAGUUUUGAACCAGGAGACCCUACGAUUGUUAGCUGCAACUUAACAGGCUGUUAUAGCUGGGCCUGGGCAUUUUACAACGUUAAAGCGGAUACUUAGGGCGCACACCGACAUACGAGGUAAAGCCAAUCUUUCGCUUUGAUUGGCUUCUCUACCGGGAGAGGUGGACGCUGGCCUGCUUUAAAUUCUUUCCAGGGUUUUUCCGCUUUGUGCGCCGGAUCACAACCGGGCAAACCCUAGUACCCAUAGUUAGCCUGCGUAGCAGGCGUCGAAAAGGCUAGGGGAUAGGGAGGAAAAAAAAAGGGGGAUUGGGGAGAGAGGGUAAUGAACGCCACACCUAGUUUGAGGCUGAGGCAUUGUCUCGCCAGCUCGCUUUUGCCCUUUUAUAUGGCAACCUUUUUCUAUAAUUAUAAUCUAGGGACUCUUGAAUGGUGGCAAAUACAGUCCUUCUCAGGGAGUGGUUAACGGCUAUUAUAACGGCUAGGGUAGUACCAUACAGUACUGUAUAAACCUGUUGUUUCUUUAGUUAUAAGCGUGUUAAGUUUUAUUUCAAAUUGUAUCAUUAACUAGGUAUCGGAAAUACUUCUUGAAGCUAUAGUAGCUGCAAGCGAAGAACAAGAACAAACAGUAUCUUUUGCUGACACAGUAAGUUGUAAAUUUUUUUGUUUUGGUUGGUGUCUGUUAGUAAUAGCGUUCUAAGAAGUGUGUUUGAGAUCAAUGAACAACUUUCUUGCACUUGUUGUAUCGGCUCUAAGGGGUUGACUUUCGUACCGGCACCAGCUCACACCGUUUGCCUCUCUUGGCUCUCUAAUCAUUCACUUGAUGUUACCAGGAAAAAUCAUCCCGCGGAACGAAUUACACCGGGCUGCCCAAGAUCAACCCGGUUGCUGUACCGGGGACGGAUUUCAUUCUUUUUCGUGAUUAAGUUUUAUUUCGGUGCAAAGUCGCACAACAGUGUCAUGUACACGAAGAAAAAUCACUCCUUUUGGUAAAAAAUCGGCUUGUCGGAGGACCGGAUCGGGUUACCCUUGCGUAAUUUUUGUCAAUCCGAGAUGGUGUCGACACGUGGGACAUGGAUUAACGGGGGAACAUGUAAAUGUGUACAGCAUCCUCUCUUGUAAAUAAUCAUCUCAGUAUGGAAGUACCAAGUAGUCUCCCCGCUAUGAAACUCGCGCCGAUGAGAGUUCUCUCAUGUUAACCAACCCUCCCCCUCAAUCCCUUAGAUCACUCGCAUUUUAUACUCUUCAUUAAACUAUUUGAAAAUGCUUUACCCCCACUUUGUUUGCCUCUGUUUACGGUCGUUUUUAGCAUCUCAAAAUAACGUUGGACUCUUCUGUCGUAUUUCUUUCCUUUUGGUCUUGAACUUGCAGCUUAUCAUCUCUCUUAUUCUUCCCUUCGUAUUUGCUUCUGUUUGGGUGGAUAUCACAUGCUUUCAAUCUUACAUGAGCAUUCGUGGUUGUACUCAAACGUGUGAAACAGGCUUUGACCUAAUCUUGCUACUUUUAUUUUAUUAUAUUUUUUUAUUUUUUGUAGUUUUAGUCAGAGAGAGUGGCUGUAAUUGAAGAAGACUUUAAUUUGUUUUAAUUUGUUGUUCUUAGACAAACUCAGUUUCAGAAGGUCCACCACUCAUUCAGUCGCAGGAAUUUCCCACCAUCGUUUCCAAGGAACAGGAAAGAGCAAAAGAGGUAUGAUUAUAGUCCUGCUUGGAUAUACCUUGGGCUCCUGCCUUGUGAAGGCAAUUCAACAUGGAAAUUUUCUCGAGGUUGUAAUUAUACAUACCGAAGUAAAAGCGGUCACACUAAGGUUAUUUCCCGGGUUACUAUCCUUGUGCAGUGCUUCCUUUACCUGGGAAACACCAUAGCCACUCUACCGUCUGGUAGGUUGGUUUAUUGUAUGACUCAGAACCCGAGUCAAAGCAUUUUUUUAUGUUUCCUUCAAUUGGUUAUGCGGCCCCAUUGCAGAGCUAUCUCGGGAAGAAGCGGUCACACCCGUAGUUUCUUUUUUAUGGAAUAAAAGGCGGGAAAAAGGCUCAGUGUGACCGCAACUUAUCUAUCUUAAACUGGACUUUCUCUGUGCAAUACAAGGGCCAAUAACCUAACGAGAAUAAAAGCAACCACAUUUGGCGUGCAACCGAAGCCAACUGCGGGAGAGCGAAGGUGUGCCAAGUCGGAAAUUUUGAUUUCCUUGUGGUGGGUGAAAAUAAUUAUAAACAAAAAAUAAACUCGUGCAUUUGUAAUUGGCUUGAGAAAAUUGUAAAGGGGGCGUUUUAGACAAACAACUUGCAUGUAUCUCAUAUCAAGUGUAUUAAACCUACGCAGUCACGCGACCGGUACUUUGCGCGGAAAAAAUGGGUGUCCGCAACAAAAGUAUUACACUGACUAUGAAGAAGACAAGUACAAGGCAUUCUUGAUUGAGGUCUUGUAAGUUUUAACCCAUGUACAGUAAGUUUGUUUCAGCCUUGGGUUUAUGAGACAAAUCAGUGAUUGUUCUUUUAAAGGUGACAUUAUAUGUUAUCUAAAUGCAGAUUGACCGAUUCAUUCGCACAGUUGCAGAUGGAGAUGUCGAAAUGGUAAGAAGUUACUCGAGUUCACCUAACGCGCUGUUGCGCGGUGGAAACUGAGAUCAAUUUGCUUGAAAAUAGCUUUAAAAACUGAAUGAAAACAUGUUUGCUGAAAGGAAUUGUGGAAAACGCCAGUGGUUGUUUAGGCGAUUUUCAUUUCAUUUCCAACAUCCUUGCACAUGCAAAAAUUUGGUGAGUUCGUGAAAUCGAAUCUGAAUUCGUCGUGUGAGCUGUGCAGUAGCGGGAUACUAGCAGUCUCCUGUUUUCCUGAGAGACAUUAGGUUAGAGAGAUUAAGAUUUACGUUUACCGCAAACGGCAAACUUCAGACUCAAGUUGGGAAUUUCUCAGAAUAGAAAAUAAGCAGAUAAAAACAGUCCCGAACGAUUCCUAUGGUUAAAACUGGCAUAGAAUUACUUAUUUUUGUGUAGAAGCAAUGAAGAGUAAGCGGAAAAUAAGGGGGAAACUUGGUCACGUGGUACAAAUUCACGUCUGCCGUUUGGCGUAAACGUGAAUCUUAAUCUCUCUGUUAUCGCGCGUAACACGCGAACAGCGAGCAGCAAGGCCGCGAGACGCGAGAAACGAGGGUGAAGUAUAGUGCAGUAGUUACUUGACGCGCAGUAGGCUAGGCUAUUCUCAUGAUGAAAUUAAUUGACUGCAAGUACUAGAAUGCUUCCAAACUUUUCUGUUUGUUCUUAUUGAGCCCUUAUUGAAAUUGCGUUAUGUAAUAAGGAAGGAAAAGCGAAAUGAACCUUAGUACUGUAGUUGCGUUGUUCGUAAAAGUGCCCUAUUUCUCUGUGUGCUGAUGGCGAGACGGGCUCGAGUUUACGUCUCGUGUAAUCAUAAUCAGAUAAUUAUAACCUACUUAUAUUCUCUGUCAGGUCCGGUAUAAACUUGGUCCGAGUGACGAUGAAGAAGACGAAGAAGAUGGGAGCGACUUUCCGCGCUCCGACAAGGACCUCUGUCACCCACUGUGUCAGUGUGAGAAAUGUAGCAAAUGGCAAAAGGUCAGUGCUGAAAUUAGUUUCCUUGGCAACGCGCACUCUUUUGGUUAAUAGAGAGGAGAAGUCGUUUCGUCACGUUGCCAUGGUAGCAAAAUUUCUGAAUGACAGCAAACCGAAAACGGCACUUAAAAAGUGAAUAUUCGCACUGUUUCUUAUUCAAUUUCAUUUAAUUCGUCAAAUGUUGGCGAAAUUUUCUGGGUUUGAAUCCGAAAGGACCUUAUUUACGUUUAGAAAAAAAAAAAGAAAAUUGCACCUACUCCAUAAGCGGGCGCGUGAAAUUAGGAAGUUUCAUGUCGCAGCAGUCGUUUACGUUUAUUCAAAUAAUCCUCAAAAGCAUAGCCAUCACGUGAAUGGAAGGGCCUUUUUACAUGGAGGUGAGGGACCCCAGGUGGGUGAGGUAACCCGCCUGUCCAUUUAAUCUGUCAUUUAAAUUUGAUCACGUUUACAUGAUAGGUGGGGUGACCCGACGCAUGUUACCUCACCUUUUUUUUCUGUCCCCCACCUCCAUGUAAACAUGCUCUAUCAAAGAAUAAUAAAUAUGCAAAAAGAAGUGUGCCAAAAAGUGUGAUGCACGUGCAAAUUGUCGUUUCGCUAAUCAUACCUACUGCUUUUUUGACGUUCUCGUUGCUUAGGCUCCCUAUUGUUGUGAUCCAGAAAUUGUGCUACCAUGGUAACGUGACGUCACACUUCUCUCUUCUCGAGGUUGCAUUUCAUCUGUUUCUGUUUCCCGCCAAAAACUCUGAGUGGGUAACAUUGCAAAGUCUAUGACGUCAGAGAGUAGUGGUGCAAUGUUAUCCGCAAAUGUUGAUGUUUACGUUCAUGAAAUGUCAAAUGUAGAAAUGUGUUAAAGUUUAUUACUCCUGGUUUAUUGCUAAAAUAAAUUAACCGCCGAGACCCCGCCGGGAAGAAAUUCAAAAGCUGACGUUUCGGACACUCGCCCUUUUAUUUAAUUAUGAGAUGGGGCUAAGUUAUAAGUGGGAACUUGUGACACCUAAUGUGAUCUUGGAUUAUUCGUGUCCCAUGUGGGUGAGAAUGAGAGUACGGAUUAAAUCGUAUUUCUUGCUGUUUUUUGGGUUUCAGAGGUCGCGCGAGGCGGCAGGGAAGGUCCUUCACACAAAUGUAAGGAACGGUGAAGGCAUGACACCGCUACAUAUCGCGGCGAUCAGAGGAUACGAUGAAAUGACAAACUUGUUAUUACGACGCGGUGCUCAGACGGAUGUGAAGAACUAUACGCAGAUGCGAGCACCGCUGCACUUCGCUUGUCAGUAUAAUCAUCCCAGGGUACGUUACAAUGAAAAUGGCACAGUGCUCCGUCCGUGAGAAACCCACCUCUUCUUGAACGAGCGCGAUUCGGUACAGUCUUGUUUGAGUCAAUGGUUUUGUUUCAUUAAGCUAAUCAUGACCUAGCCUGUGUGGCAAGCGUUUCCAUUUGGCCUGGUUUCGGAGCAAAGAAAGACUGAGAGCCAAAAGUGCGCCAUUAUUCGUGCGGUCUUUGACUCUCGUUCCUCGUUCUUUGUUCCUACACCGCACAGAAACGCUUGCUACGCAGGCUAAUCAUGACCGGGUGUUGCUAUGAUAAAAACGGACUGGAACUUGAAAAAGUCGCAGAGGAGUUUUUCAAGUGUGACUGUCACUUAAAAAAAAAAACGCUCCCAAUCAUUUCUUAUGGUUUGGGCCCUCAGGUGCUUGAAUUGUUGCCUUGCCUCCUGUUGUUCAGGGGUCGUCUUUAACAACCAAAACGUGAGACAAUUUUCGUGAAACAGGUCUUUAAACAUAGUGUUAAAUAUAUUAUAGGUAUUUUACACUAUACAUCUAGCUCAUAAACUCUUGAGCAUUGUUUUAGGGUGCCCUUAGUUAGCCUUACACUGCGAUGCAGUAUGCCGAGAGUGACCUUACCUCACUAUUUUUGUAAUGUAACAAACACGAAAAAGCUUACUUUAUCAGAAACAUUUCAACGAGAAGUGAAUGGUGUUACGCUGCAAAAUGUAAUAAUCGCCGCAAAAUGUAAUAUUAACGCAAAAUGUAAUAAGAAUCGCCGCAAAAUGUAAUACUAACGCAAAAUGUAAUAAAAUUUUCAACGCAAAAUGUAAUAAUCUUUCAACGCAAAUUGUAGUAACUUUUCUGACGCAUAAUGUAAUAACGCAAAAUGUAAUAAUUUCCGAAAUAACGACGUGCAUGCUAUUUCAAAAUCAGUAUUGCGGCUUAGUAAUCAGUAGCUGAUCCAGAUCUUCAUGUGAAUUAUUAUUAUUAUUAUUAUUAUUAUUAUUAUUAUUAUUAUCAAUAUUGAUAUUAAUAAUAGUAAUAAUAUUUAUUUUCUUCUUCUUCUUCUUCUUCUCUUUAUUAUUAUUAUUAUUAAUGAAAUAACGGUUGAAACGUCGUGUUACUUCCGUGCUGAGCUAGUCUACUCUGCCACAACUGUAGCAACUGAGAGACUUGGUUUAAUUUCAGGUGUUGAAUUUAAUUCAGUCAAAUAAAAUAGUUGUUUUCGAAAACAAGUAAUAGAAUCAACUUUCAAAGCAUAAUUCAAAUGUUCUAGAUAGCAGCAACAAUAUAGAUAGUCGUAUAAACAUAACAACUUUCUUUAAUUUUCCAGACAUGUUUCGACGGUACAUCCGUCAUCUUCAGUGUUACAUAUUUUGAAAUCGCCGUUGAAUUUAAAGCGCGCGCGAUCUUACAAAGUUCGUUACAUUGCCUUGUCAAUAUUGCUUACUAAAACAAAUUAAAUGAGUGACGCUUACUUCUUUACAGGGAGAGAGUCAGGUUAAUGUGUUUCACCUGCUGGUUGAGAUCGGGCUUCUCCCAUUUUAUAAACAUGGAUUCCUUAAGCUUCACUUGGUACUUAGUGGCUGCAGAGUCCAGGAUCUCGAAGCAAUCCGGUGUGCAGGAUGCUCUACAAAACUCUGAACUCUGCAGAUGUUUAAAAACGUUCGAAGACCUGUCUGAAAGUAAGUGCUCGCGCACUCGUGUGGAGAAGUGUCGGCUGGUUUCACCAACAUAACAAGCAUUACAACUUGCACACGAAAAUUUAUAGACCACACGCGUGCGUAGCCCCUCAGGGACAGCAUCUUUCACAUUAAAAAGAUUCCUGACUUUGAAAGUAGUAAAGACUAACCUUAAAUCAAUAGGUUUACAUAACCGGUUAGCAAGUUUGCGUACACUCCUCUGUGCCGUGACUGAGAAGUGCCCAACGUAAGGGAUUUUAAGGAAGAACUUAGGUGUUUCCUGGGGCUCGACUCCUGAAUAGGGCUGUGUUUUCCCUCCCUUGACUGCUGUCUGAAUAUAUUUAGAAAUAUAUUUGUUGAUAAGGUUCUCAGGGAAGAGAUUCCUCCGCAGAAUGACAGACAAUUUUUGAAGGUCAUUAUGGAACCCCAUCCAAGUGUUGUUUAUCUUAAAAGUUCUAUGAAUCAAGGUUUUGAUUAACCCCAAUUUGUAGGUAAAGGGGCAAAAACUCAGAUAACUGGUGAGCAGACCUGUGAAAGUCUUCUUCCGGUAAACGGUGGUUACUUUGGUGUGGGUCAGUGUUAUUGAUUAGAACAUCUAGGAAAGGUAGAACAUGGUCAGUUUUCCGCUCCAUUGUAAAGCGUAUAUUGGGGUUUUGAUUGUUGAUGUAAUUGAAGAAAAGGGUUACAUCCCAUUCAGAGUGGAAAAGGCAAAAUUUUACCGUCUACGUAGCUACGAUAGAAUAAUAGGGAGCUUAAGUAUCGACGUUUUUGAGCGACGCACGUCAACCGGAAAUGGACUUUUUGCACACUUGAGCCGUGAUUUUGAACAAAGUUUUGGGCAGAUCGUCUCUAUAUGAAUUAAGACACUUGGCAAUACAAAUAUGGUAGCGUAAAGGCUUACUAAAAGAGAAAAAGGAUCACUUCCGGUUGACGUGCGUCGCUCAAAAACGUCGCUGCUUAAGCUCGCCAAUACCUCUGAAUCCCCGUAUUGAUCCAACCAUAUAUUCUCAUGGUGGGACCCAUAAAGAGAUUGAAUUAUGCUUUGGAAGUUGUUUCUAUGACUUGUUUUCGACAACAGCUAUUUUAUUUGACUGAUUUAAAUUCAACACCUGAAAUUAAACCAAGUCUCUCAGUUGCUACAGUUGUGGUACAGUACAGCAAGCUCUUGCAGCCAUUUUUGUCUCGUCACGCAACGCUCCUCCUCCUUUGUUGGGGAAGAGUGUUGCGUGACGAGACAAAACACGGCUGCGAGGGAGACUAGCUCAGCAAGGAAGUAACACGACGUUUCAACCGUUAUUUCAUUAAUAAUAAUAAUAAUAAUAAUAAUAAUAAAGAGAAGAAGAAGAAGAAGAAAAUAAAUAUUAUUACUAUUAUUAAGAUCAAUAUUGAUAAUAAUAAGAAUAAUAAUAAUAAUAAUUCACAUGAAGAUCUGGAUCAGCUACUGAUUACUAAGCCACAAUACUGAUUUUGAAAUAGCAUGCACGUCGUUAUUUCGGAAAUUAUUACAUUUUGCGUUAUUACAUUAUGCGUUAUUACAUUAUGCGUUAGAAAAGUUAUUACAAUUUGCGUUGAAAGAUUAUUACAUUUUGCGUUGAAAAUUUUAUUACAUUUUGCGUCAAUGUUAUUACAUUUUGCGUUAGUAUUACAUUUUGCGGCGAUUAUUAUUACAUUUUGCGGCGAUUAUUACAUUUUGCGGCGUAACAAUGGCCUUAGUUGCUCUGACUUGAAAUCACAGUUACACUGCAAGCAGUCUCUUAGUUUUCUUUUGAGCCAAAGUAGAUCGAGAAAGAAGCGAGCGGCGAAGUCGUAAGGAAACAGGCUGGAAGUCCGAGCGAAGAAAGUGUUUCCUCACUCCGUCCCAAUCUCUCAUCCCUUUUUACCAUUAAUUCAGAGUUGCAUAAUUUUACUUUUGCUCGCUGCGCGUUGCCCUGAAGAAAGAACGACGACUACUCGCGGACUUAAUCACAGUGAAAAUCUGCAAUGAAAAAAAUCGGUCACUCUUUUUGGCCUACAUAAUGGCUCCAUUGAAAACCGUCACAGCAAGUUGGGCUUCCUCUUUAAAUGUUAUUGUACUGUAAUUAUUAUCACUAUCAUCAUUAUUAUCAUCUAUCAUUUUCAUUAUUAUACACAUUGACUAGUAGGAUUCAUUGGUAGAUUAUUAACUGUUGUUAUCGUUCUAAGUAUGGCCGUUUCUGUAUUUUAUUGCAUGUUAGGUCGCCGGUCUUUUGUUAAGCCACCAAGCUAAAGUGAACAUCAAAGAUUACAAAGGAAACACCCCUCUUCACCUGUGUUGCUUCACCGGACAUGUGGACCCCGCUAACGUCCUUAUAGGGGUACAGUAAAACUAUAUCCACAGGAGUUCCGGUUAAACUUGUAAACGCAUACCAGCUUAUGCUUCCGUCCAUAUAUCAAAUGGGCAAACAACUUCGUCCCCAGGGUACCCCCUUCCGUUUUCCAAUGGAAAGGCCCUGGGAGCUGGCUAGUGGGCGAACAUGGGUGACUUCACAAACAGAUAAAAGUUCUCUUUUUCAUGUGCAAAACCAUAAACGCAGAAUUUCGUAUGCUUUUACAAACGUGAACGGACGCCUGUGGACAAUAGUAUUUGAUGUGGUAAUAAGAAUACAGAAGCAAUAAGCCUAUUGAGAGGGAAACUACUGAAAAAAAAAGAUAAUUAGAUUAAAACAAAACUGUUGACCCAGAAGAGUUGUCCACUAUCAUCUUCGUCACUCCCUUCGGAAACACUUAUCAUGUGUCAGUCUUCUCGAAUACCAAUAGUCCAGUUUCGAUUUCGUCGCGGACGCUGAAUAGAAGUCUGAAGACUCAUUUAUACACUGUUAGCCUCGACCUAAGGUAAAUAUAUUCUUAAAUUUCAGUCAGAAGAAGACCCGUGUACAACUGUGUCUAUUGUUUUAAACUUAAAUUCAGGCACCUUCUCGCCGCCGGUAUUUGCGAAUAUUUCUCUGUAAGUCGAGGCUAACCCUGUAUAAAUAAGUCUUCAGUGCUUAUAUUCAGCCGUCGCGACGAAUUCGAAACUGGACUAUUGACCCACGCUGACACACAAGUAUGCGUACUUUGGACCCAGACGGUUCUUCUACUCCUUAAUAGCAGAAAACUGGAUUAACUAUAAAGAAGGCUUUUAUUGUUUUAUUCUCGUGAAGUGCAAACUUUCUUAAAGUGGGUAAUGUUACCGAGUAGUUGGUUCUGUUCAGUGUAUAAGCUAAACUCCGUCACUGCUUUGCUAUGACUAAAUUCUUGUGCGUCUCUCCCUUAUCAACACUUUAGCAGAGUUUCUUUAUAGGAUACCUCUGUUAUAUAAUAAUCGAAUUAUUUUUAAUUCUUGUUAAUGAAAUAGCACGGAGCAAGCGUAAAUGUGACGAACGACCGUGGUAAUACGCCACUUCAUGAGGCAGCGAGGUAAAGGAUUCACAUUCAUUGUUUGGCUUGAUUUCUGUACCAGUGACUCAAAUAGGAACCUUAAGGAUACGUUGUUUCUACCAGCAUGGAAUAAAACUGGGAACUCCGAACACCCUGUAACACGGGUCUAGAACACGUCAAAUAAUAAAAAGAAAACCCAGACAAUCAGAAACAAAAUUCAAUAUUUUUCAAGUUAGGGUUAGGGUUUCUGUUUGCCUUUUGCGUUUCACCUAUUACCAGGGUUUCCGAUUUCUUUCGAGAGUGUUCCCGUGUUCCGGGUCAUAGUACAUGCCGUUUUUGCCUACGCAGUUGGGUAGCGGAGGCUUUUUUUAAGGCAGGCUUGACAUAUGAGGACGGUAAUUCCAUACGAAAUAAUUAUUUUCUGAUAAAUUGGAUAAUAUUGUUUCUCGGUUUAUCAAAGAAAGAGUUGAACCGCCUUAUUUUGCUCCCUUUUGUAACUCAUAAAAUCCGUCUAAGCAUAAAAACGGACGGACACCUGUAGAUUUAUAUUUAUCAUAAUUUCCAACUCAAAUUUUACUUAUUAAUUGAUUGAUUGAUUAUUUUAAUACAUUGGAAGGGUAAACGGUUAACCAUUUCUGGUCAAAGGAUUUCAGAAAGUGGCGUAUUAGAGAGUCCAAUUUUCACCCCCCCCCGAACCCCCUAGAGGUUCGAUCCUUUAGUGCUUUUGUUCGCGCUAAAGGCGCCCACCUCCGCUCUUUUCACCGACGAAUCAUCCAUCCAUCCGGUACUUGAAGAUUUAACCGCAAACCCUGCGUGUAGGAGACAGGUUUUUAAUGUACACGGUAGCAGUUUCUUCGGGGUAAGGUGCAGCCUGUCCUUAUUCAUACACCGGAAAAGGGAUAUCUUAAGGUCUCCAUUUGCCACUGCUUACUUUUGACAAUCUUGUUUCGGUUUGUCUCUUUUUUUUUUCAGGUUUAACCUUGUAAAACUCGUUAUUUUGCUGCUGGAAAAUGGUGCAUCAGUGACAAUGAGGAACAAGCGAGAACUAACGCCUCUACAAUACGCUCAUGUAAUUCUUGACCAGAUUUUCUAAUUGAAAAGUUAUGUUUCUUGAUUAGAAACGAGCUGCUACACGUUUCAUUCAGUUGACCUUUCCAGGUCAAAUAUAAAAUAACCAAUGCUAUGAAGCGCUUAGGAGCUUUCAUUUUAAUGGUCACUUUGGUUUACUUCUGACUGGCUAUUUGGAUUGGCAAAAGCAAGCUUAAGGCCAGACUAGUCAUUUAAAAAAAAAAAGAGGCUUUCUGAAAAUCUUUGGCUGAAAAUCUUCUCCUUCGAGCAUACUAUGUAACAUUUGACUGAUCUGGUUGGAUAGUUUUGAUUAAAAUUGUAUGAUUCUCAUUACGACGGGAAUGAAAAAAUGGAAAGCGCCCUUUAUUAGAUUUCGUUUGUAACUAUAAAAUUUUGCUGCUGUUUUUUUUCCAGCGCGAUGAUGUGAUACGUGCUCUGGAUCAAGCGGAAGGGAUCAGCUUCAAUGCUCGGACAAAAAGACUGAGCUACAGCAGUUAUACUUCACAUAAGCCAAGUGAGUGUGUGGUUCUUCCAGCCGGAUUUUAAGAUUGUACGAGAAGGAAAAGACUUAAAAAUUCUUCUGGUACAGUCUAUUCUUGUAUUUUGCUGACCAACAAGAGGAUUAUUAUAAUUUUCCCUGCAUUUUGAUUUCUGUGAACAGUUGUAUUAACUACAUUAACACUUUUCCUCUUUGUUUUAACUAUAGCUAAUGAAGAUCUAAGUUCCUCCAAGUCAAAGACUCGCUCAAACUCAGUGCCAAUCUAUGUCGGUACAAAUGCUGCCGCGAAACAUCCCAUGCCUGUUACCAGUCCUCCAAGUUCAACUCGGAGCUCAGCGGUUACGGAUGAACCCGGUGACGAGUCACUGUCAAAGCAGGAAAGAUUGAACAAACUGUUUGAAAGAUUGGAAAGAGGAGACGUUGAGCGAUUGCAAGACAUCAGUAAAGCUGUCAAAUCUUUUGACAGGUAAGUUGGUACCUGACUGCGUUGUCGACAUGCCAGCUCCUCUGUGAAUGAUUUGUUUUAGAAUACGUGAUCGUACCACAGAUUAAAGUAGAGCUAUGGGUGGAAAGUUCGACCAAGAAUUACCCGUGAAGAUCACCAGUUCCAGGACAGAGAACAAUGUACUUAUCAGUUUCCCUACCGAAAAAAAAGGCCCUUGAAACAAACAAACAAACAAGGAGAGUGUGAAGAGGAGGAUUACGAUGCGUCCUCCUUUGUCGAACGCGAAGGCAUACAAAGUAUACUAAGCGUGUUCCAUAGUUCACCGGUUGAGUGUUGCAAUGUUGAAUUUUUUUCUUGGCUGUGAGUGAGUUCACAUACGGACGUGGACGAGGUGGAUUUCCACUGUUGCGUAAUUUUUAUGUGUUGGCACAUGCGUAAAUAAAGUAAAGGCAAUUUAUGGAAGGUCGCGCGUUAACGUUAAAGUUGAACCUCGCUCAACUAUAACGUUUACGCGCGGCCUUUGCGGCAUACAUUGCCUCUAUUUUAUUAGCGCGCGUAAAAAUUACGCGACAGUGGAAAUCCACCCUAAGAGGCUCAAGUGUUGUUCACGGAACAGUGACGACUUGUCUUGCUUAAAGCCUUUCUUUAUUAUUUAUUGCAAAGUGUGAAAGGCGGGUGUCUAAUUGACCUUUCCCGCAUUACGCUGCAAUGAGCAAACAUUAAGAAAUGAGGACUAGGCUAGGGUGGGCAAUUUCAUACAAAUCACUGUAUUUUGUCCACCGAGCCUCGAGUUGGUGCCUUUGUUUACAGGAAUGUGAGAAAGGUCUACUGCACUAAAAGUUUAUUUUUUGGGCGUUGUAAUUCAUUCGCAAAUCGUCGGGGGCUGGGACGAGUUAAAGUAAGGCUUCGGUUUUUCUUCUCAUCUUUUGUGUCCCGUUGAAAUACGCCUGCUUUACGUGCUUGGAUUUAUGGUCUCUAAUACAUCAACUAAACUUUUAUCGGGUAUAUUGAUGUAGUCAGGUUGCUACGAAGACUAAACUUUUUAGUUGGGAUCAAAACUUUCACAAUUAUAGUCGAAGCGUUUUAAGUACCAGUACCCCCUUAAAGCAUAUUGUUUGAUAUCUUUGUUUAUUUUAGACGGACGUCACUAAAGAGGACCGAGACGAUUGAUAAAAGCUCGCCGCUGAUUGAUCUUCAACUUAGACAUCAGGUAAAUAGAAAAAAAAAAACGAUAUGAAAAAUUUAUGAUAUGGUCAACAUCCCGCUCAAAGAGUAGUAGUAGUAGUGAAUAACCAGGCCAUGUGUUGUUGGGCCUUGAGGCGAUUGAAGACUGGCCUGUAAGACGCAAUGCAACGCGGAGAUUCUUGUAGGGAAACGAGCGGCGUAGGCCCAAAAACCCCCAACAAGAAAGUCUGUUCGUGGGUUAUUCAACGUGCAAUACUGCGCAAAAUACAACAAAGCCGUAGUGUUCACCUCUUAAUUUUCUGAUCUGUCCAGGAUCAAACCUAAUAAGAGCACAAUUAGCCAUCACAAAGUACAACGUGCUAAAUAAGUUGUUUAAAUAAACACAAUUCAUUCAAAUACAAACCUGCGUUCAGUCUUGAACAGAAAUGGUAGAUUUAAUUCGCCAUCCAGAGUUUGCUUUUGUUUCAAGCGUUGUUUCUGUGAACAUAUUUUCAGAGGUGGCCACUAGAGACCUUUAGAUUCUAAGACGUGGAUGACUUUAAUCUCGAUUCAGGAUACACAUGGAGUGCGAUCCUGGUUACGAUGUAUUUAUUGGUGCACUAACCUGACCUCUCCUCGCCUCUCCGCGCUCUGUUACCCAUUAUGCCCCUUCUUUUACUCGUAUGAGGCCUUAUCCUUCACUGUUAGGUAUAAUUUUGUUUUUGCAGCUCUUUAUUCAGCACUUCGACCGUUCAACCCUUCGCAAAGUCCAAACACGUGAUCACAGCCGACCAAUGGUUGAGGAAGAGAAAGAAUAUGAUGGUGAUAUUAGUGAAGAUGAUAAAGCGGAUUCCGGCUCGUGAAUGCCACGUGGCUAUGACGUGAUUGCAACGCAUAAAACAAUGAAGCGCCAUGCAUAUGUAAUAAGGAUUGGCGGGAAAUGGGACUUGCGCCCUGUGCAGACUGUAAUUCUUUAGCUUAGGUGUCUUCCGCAGAUACAGUCUUUUAGUCUCAUGAAUGCAGCAUAAAAGCAUGUGAAGAGACAGGUGUAUUGGCAGCUUAAUGUUUGCUCGCCGAUUUAAGGGGCUCGUUGGUAAAUUUGUUUGUAAAGUUUUCUCCUUUUUUUUUCCUUGUAGAAGUAUCCAGAAUCGUUCUAGUGUAACCUUGAAAGGCCCAAGAGGUUUUCGUUGUAGUCUGUUUACAGCCCUUCUAUUUCUCAACGCGAAGUGCAAAGAACGCAAAAAUAGUGAGCGAGAAGCGUGAGGGUAGUUAGAGGGCAGCGGAGGAGUAUUUUUUCUAUUUUCUAGCUUCUCGCUUCUUCGCGCUGACUGCAUCGACGCUGGUGUCCAAUACUCGCUUACACGGAAUAGAAUUCUAAAGAAAUGGGAAUUAUCAUUUGAACAGGAGAUAAUUGAGCAAGUGAACAUAUUUUUCCGCUCACUAAAAAACUAGAACAAAAUCUCUAACUUGAAUAGAACAAUUUUAUAAGAUAUUCCUAGUUUAUUAAAUAUAGAAUAUUAUUUCAAGUGCUCUCAGUGGAAGCAUGAAAAUAAAAUUUGUCAUCAC